UAGUAACAUGCAUUAACAUGCAUUAAUGAGACUUGUAUGUUUACAGAUGAAGAUUUGAAGAAGGACUUUGACUUGACAAAACUCCUCCAGAGCAACAGAAGACACCAUACAACUGUUUACACAGACUGAGUACACCCCAUGAUGUGUGCACGAUGAUUUUUGUGUGUAAAAUCAGUGGCAUUUACUAUUUCUUUAUCUGCAUCUGCAAAAUGAAUUUAAUAACUGUAAUAAUAGUAAUUUGACAAGCACAGAGUCUAACCGGAAAUUGUCAUGAUCUAACCACAUCUCUCUCACAUCCGUUAUUAGUGGUUGGAGCUCGGAUGUCAUGGAGACGGUUCAGUUUUUAUCACGUGACCAAAGUUUUUGUGUGUGUGUGUGUGUGUGUGUGUGUGUGUGUGUGUGUGUUAUCAAAACGUGACUUUGUGACAGUCAGGUGUACUAUGCCCCCUCUUCCUCCUCUUCACUGUGUUUUGACCCUUUAAAAAAAACGUACUACGUUUCCCACAAUGCAAAGCGACAACGCCUUUACCUUUACACUCUUGUGUUUACGUUUAACGGUCACGUUCACCAAUGGAGCAGUGUGUCGGUCGGUGCACCACAGACAGACAGACAGGCAGACAGACAGACAGACAGCUCAGGGAUGGUGUCAGUCGUCGGUCAGUAACUCGUUUUCUUGAACACCGGGCUGAGUUCGUGUUGGUGUCACGAUGCCGGGGAUGUGCUCCGUGCCGGGCUGUAAGGGCUACAAGAAGGCGAGGUCCCGGGGUGUCGUGUUCCACUCUCUGCCCACCAGAGACCCGGGGCGAUGCAGAGAGUGGUUAAAGGCCAUACAAAACCCCAAAUUUGACGAAAACACACCAGUAAGUAAAUACGGCAAUAUAAGAGUCUGUAGCCAACAUUUCAAACCGGAAGAUUACGAGCCGGACAUACAGGCAGAACUUAUGAAAACAACGCCCCGAAAAAUCCUCAAGUCCUUCACUAUCCCGUCUGUCUUCUCUGGGAGACAGCAAGAGGACCUCAGCACCUCUCUGCCAGCUCAUGACAGCAGCCAAACACAGUCAAUUUGGAGGACAAAGAAGCUGAAAAUUCUUCUGGUGAAGUGCCAAGCUCCCAGUACAGGCGCUCAAGCCUCUACCUCAUUGGUCUCAGGUUCCAGUGUGGACAGCGUGUUGCAGAGGGCCUCAGUAUUAACCUCAGGACCAAGUACAUCAUCACAGGCGUCUUCCGUGACUGUUCACGUCACUGAUGUGGAUACAGCAACACUUUCUUCUUCCCUACCAACUCCUGUUGACUCGGGAGCUCGAAGCACCUCGUCCAUGUCCCCUCCAUCAUCUGAAGUCAGUGAAAGUUUAUCCAGUGUUGCAUCUGAAGAUCAUCUGAGUGAGAGCUUCCACCAAGAAACUGAAUUAAACUCAACAGCAACAUCAAACCUUGAUAAGAACACAGAAAAAGACUUGAGUCAAUCAAAGACUAUUGUGAAUGACAGCUGUUUGAUGGAGCUGUUUAAGAAGUGUCAGACAUGUGGACAGCCUAUAACUAAAAAGAAGGUGUCUCACUGUGGUGCACAGAAGAAGGUGAGGUGGAGCUGCCUUGGUGGACACAGGGGCUUAUGGAUGUCAUCACCUCACCUUUGGGAGGCAUUUCCUGAAAUUCACCUUCUUACGGCUCUUUCCGUCCUUUUUUCUGGUGGCGCCUUUACACACUUUAAAAAGUGGGCCAAACAUCUGCAGUUGAAUUUCAUGGGGCAUAAAACCUUUUUUGAAAUUCAAAAGGCAUACCUCAACCCAGAAAUGAAGCAGAUGAACAGGACUGAGCAGGAAAAGAUCUUUGAAAAGGGAGUCUGCCAAGUGCCUGAAGGCACUCUUCACAUUUCAGAUCCUCUGAAGAAAAUUAAGACAAAGUCAAAGAGAAGAGACAAGGGAGUUAUAUCGUCACAGUCAAGUUAUGAACAGAGAUCCUCGAUAUCACUGAUCUCUACUGCAGUGUGUAUACAAGAGCCUACUGCACUAUCAAGUCUUGGACAUGUAUCAGCCUCUGAAAGUUUUGAGGAGAUGGAGGUCACCAUUGAUGAUGAAGACAAGACUCUGAAGAACAGACUAUGUGACUUGGAUAGCGAUAUGGAAAAUGUUGUAGAAACAACUGAGCUGAGUGCUCCAGGAGCUGAUGACAGCUCUGAUGACGAAAUCUACGUACCAAUAAUUCCUCAGAGGUCCACAGCGUCUGAACUUUUUCUGGAAUGUGAAGAAGAGGAGCUGGAGCCAUGGCAGAAACAAAUUUCACAUGUUCGAGUGAAAAAGGAGAAGGAUGAUGGAGAGUUCAGUAAUGACCAAAUAGACUGUAAGCCAAAACUUUCACCUCUUCAGAGAAAUGCAUUAAGAAGCAAUACUGAGUUCAUUGGCUCUCUUGGGGUGCAGUGCCAUGCUGGAAAUUCAAUCACAAUAGUGCCAGUUGCUCCUCAGCAACUUUUCCAGAAAAUGGUGACACCAAAAGUAAAAGAGGAAGCCUAUGAUCCAAUCAGCAACCCUGUGUCCUUAUCCAGUGUCCAGAGUCCUGUGGUAUAUGCACCAUCGUCUAACCAGCUGCUGUCAGGCCAGUCCAACUCAUAGACUUUGCCUGUACCUUUUCCUCUGCCUUGCUUUACUGUACUUAAAUCAACAGGAACAUUGAAGAAACAAUAAUUUUGUGUACUGAGAGAACACAAUCUUAACAGUUAUAAUGGGUAAGGUCACAGGUUGUAAUAAUUGCACAUUAUAUGUUUGUCUGUUACAUUCCACUUUAAAUGUACAAGUUUUAUUUUAAUAUUAUAAUAAGUAAAAUAAAUUCUUAAUGCAAAAAACAUGUCUUAU